UAAUACCUGUCUAGUGUUCACAUUUUUCUCUCCUCUUUCUUUUCUCUCUCUCCUUCGAUCACAUCACCUAUGGCCAGUCUAUGGCGAGCAGUGAUGGGCGACAACACAACUCCAUCAACCGACGACUACGACGGAGUAGAAUUCUGGGUCAACCCUGAACGAACCGGCUGGCUCACAAAACAAGGCGAGUACAUAAAAACCUGGCGUCGCCGGUGGUUCGUGUUGAAACAGGGGAAACUGUUUUGGUUCAAGGAAGCGAAUCUCAGUAGAGGAUCGAAACCGCGUGGCGUUGUUCCGGUGGCUAAUUGCCUUACAGUGAAAGGAGCUGAAGAUGUUCUGAAUAAACAAUUCGCGUUUGAGCUUUCAACUAGGUCCGAUACUAUGUAUUUUAUUGCUGAUUCGGAGGAGAAGAAGGAGGAAUGGAUCAAUUCGAUCGGACGGUCUAUAGUGCAGCACUCUAGAUCUGUUACUCGUGAUGAAAUUCUCGACUAUGACAAUGAUAGCCGGAAAUAAAAUUAUGGUACGUGUAUCUUUGUUUUUUUUGGGAAAUUAAU